AUGUCCAACCGCCCCAACCUCUUCGAGCCACUCCAACCUAUCGGCGAGAAUCUGUAUCUCUAUGAAUCCUCAGAUCUUACUUCCGAUAAAGGAAAAGGCCCCUCUCUCAUCGUUCUCUUCACCUGGCUCGGCGGGGCUACGGCCACCAGGAUUCAGAAAUAUCUCCUCAGCUACCGCACCAUCUGGCCUGCAGCAACAAUCCUCCUUGUCACUACGCGAGUAUUCGAGUUUGCAGCUGCGCCAUCCAGUGCUAUUCGUGCCCGUUUAAAGCCGGCUCGCGAUGCUAUCCGUCGGCACGUCAGUAGCAGGGUAAAAGGCAGGCCUUCGAUACUAUUCCACGUAUUCUCCAAUGGAGGACUUCAUACGGCCAUUCAUUUGACCCUCUCGCUGCGGGACACCAAGGAGAAAGCCGAACCGCUGGAUCUUAGACUGUAUCUCGACGGUAUCAUCAUAGACUGUUGCCCUGGACAAACAGAUUAUAUGCGCACAUACAACGGGGCUAUAGUGUCUCUUCCAUCUACUCUCUUUGGACAGCUACUCGGAAAGCCGCUCCUCUUUCUCGCCGUCACCCUCUCUACAAGUUUAACUCAUGCUGGGCUAGUCGCUGGCGUAAAAGAUUACCGCCGCCAACUCAAUGAUGCGAAUGUCUUUGGGAGCUUGGCAAGGCGGCUUUACUUGUAUGCAAAGGAAGAUGUAGUGGUUGGGUAUAAAGAUGUUGAACUGCAUAUAAAGGAAGCAAAAGAGAAGGGCUACGAAGUUGAGAAUGUUUGCUUCUUAAACAGCCGCCAUUGUUCGCUACCCAGGGGAAAUGAAGAGAAGUAUUGGGAGAUAAUCAAGAAUUUCUGGGAGGGAUCGUUGUCGAAGAAGGAAGAUCAAAUGCGAUGUAGACUAUGA